CAGGUAAACAGAAAAUCCGUUAAGAAGAUAAAUACAAAAAUAAAAAGAAGCAAAUUUUCCAAUGGAUUGUUUCUCUGUAUUUUGUGUAUUUGUUAAUUGAAUUAGUUUCCAGAACAAAAUCUUAUCUUCUAUAUAAAACCCCUCUUCAACUCUUCCUUUUUCCAUACACAACUUCUUCUAAUUCUUCUUCCAUUCAUACAAUAAAUUAAACCCAAUUCAAUUUCAUUUCUAAUUCUCCAUGGACCUUAUUCCCGGCCUUAACGAUGAUGUAGCCCGUGAUUGUCUUGUUCGGGUCAUGUACAACCAGUUUUCUUCUGUCAUAUCCGUUUGCAAAAGCUGGCGAGAUGAGCUCGAGUUGCCGGAGUUUUUUCGGCUCCGGAGAGACUCUUGUAAGUCUCAAAAACUUAUAGUUAUGGCUCAAGCACGAGUUGACCAAAAUUCUGGGUCUAAUUCUAGUCUUUUUAAGCUUCGGUUUAAUCCGGUUUAUCGUCUCACGGUUCUUGAACCGGAUACGGGUGACUGGUGUGAUUUGCCUCCGGUUCCCGGGUUUUCCGAUGGUUUGCCCAUGUUUUGUCAGGUUGUUGGGGUCGGAUCGGAGCUUGUUGUUUUAGGCGGGUUGGAUCCGGACACGUGGGAGGUUUCUGAUUCGGUUUAUGUUUUUAAUUUUGUUUCGGCCACGUGGCGCCGUGGGGCGGAUAUGCCUGGAUUACGGCGGUCGUUUUUCGGGUGCGCGUCGGAUUUGGAUCGGAUGGUGUACGUUGCUGGCGGGCAUGACAGUGAGAAAAAUGCGUUGGGAUCUGUGUUGGCUUAUGAUGUGGAAAAUAACGAGUGGGUCCCGUUGCCUGACAUGGCAAAGGAGCGUGAUGAGUGUAAGGCAAUUUUCCAGGGUGGUAAGCUCCACGUCAUUGGAGGAUAUUGUACUGAAAUGCAAGGAAGAUUUGAAACAAGUGCUGAAGUGUUUGAUGUUGCCACGUUCAAAUGGAAUGAUGUGCAAGAGGACUUAUUAUUAGCUGCCACCUGUCCUAGGACAUGUGUGAGCAGCGAUGAUGUGUUAUACAUUUGCCAUCUAGGUGAUGUGAUGGCACUUAAAGGUGCCACCUGGCAAGCUGUCGCCAAGCUUCCUGUUGACGUGUACAAUGUUGCUUAUGUGGCAACAUGGCAAGGCAAUCUGCUGGUGAUUGGCUCAGAGUCAUUCGGUGAGCCCUACGUAGCGUAUGUGUUGGAUCUGAAGAGUUACAGCUGGAGAAAAAUUGAGAGCCCUAAGGAGUACAGUGGCCAUGUUCAAUCAAGCUGUUAUUUAGAAAUUUAGGACUAAAUUGCAUAUGAGUUGAAAAAAAGGGAUUGUAUUGUAAAUAUACAAGCUAGAGGAUUUUUCUUUUCUUUUAGCUAAAUGUUUGUGUUGUUUGAUCUGAUGAGUUUUGGCUGCACUGCAAGUCAUUUUGAUGUA